UUCGGCUGUCGUCACCGUGUUGUUGCGGAAGUGCCGGGUAACGCUGUGUAGGUAAUUCUCUGACUGUUGGAUUCAUUCUUCAGAGCAGAUAUUUCUCACUGGUUUUGUGUUGUAGCGCCAUCGUUUACGUGAAAAACGUGAGUUAUGGCAGCUCUAAAAUACGCAGGUAUGGACGAUACAGAUAGUGACGAUGAGUUACCUCCCGGAUGGGAAGAGAGAUCUACGAAAGAUGGUUGGGUCUACUAUGCAAACCAUGAUGAGAUGAAGACACAGUGGGAACACCCCAAAACUGGAAAGAAAAAACGUUGUGCUGGAGAUUUACCGUAUGGUUGGGAGCAAGAAACUGAUGAAAAAGGACAGAUCAUUUAUGUUGAUCACAUUAACAAGCGGACCACAUAUUUUGACCCGCGGCAGGCUUUUACAGUAGAGGAUGUGGUGGUGAAGCCAAAACGAUAUGAUGGAAAUACUGCUGCACUAGAGAUCCUGCAGGGUCGUGACCUCUCUGACAAGGUUGUCCUCAUUACUGGAGGCAACUGUGGCAUUGGCUUUGAGACAGCCAAGUCUUUUGCUCUUCAUGGUGCCCAUGUGAUCCUGGCAUGUCGAAACCUGUUCCGGGCCAGCAAGGCAGUUAGCCUCAUACAGCAGGAGUGGCACAAAGCAAGAGUAGAAGCCAUGAUGUGCAACCUGGCUUCUCUCUGCAGUGUCAGGGAGUUUGCUGAGUCUUUCAAGGCCAAGAAACUGCCCCUGCACAUUCUGGUGUGUAAUGCAGCAGUGUGCACUCAGCCCUGGAGCUUGACAGAGGAUGGCCUGGAGUCCACCUUCCAGAUCUGCCAUCUAGGUCACUUCCUGCUAGUCCAGUGCCUACAGGAUGUGCUGCGUCGCUCGGCCCCCGCCCGUGUUGUGGUGGUAUCCUCUGAGUCCCACAGGUUCACAGAUCUGUUAGACUCCUGUGGCAAGGUGGACUUAUCCCUGCUGUCCCCGCCAAAGAAGGAGUACUGGUCCAUGCUGGCUUACAAUCGUGCCAAACUCUGCAACAUCCUCUUCAGCAAUGAGCUCCACCGCCGCCUCUCACCUCACGGUGUCACCUCCAACGCAGUGCACCCUGGGAACAUGAUGUACACCUCCAUUCACCGGAGCUGGUGGCUGAUGACCUUUCUCUUCACACUGGUCAGACCUUUCACCAAGUCUAUGGUGGGAGAUGAAAGGAGAACAGCAGUCAGGGACCUGGUUGGCCUGACAGACCGGAUUAGAGUCGCUGAUCCUGGAGAAAGAGCAACAAGGGGCGGCCACCACGGUGUACUGUGCCAUAGCUCCGGAGCUGGAGGGGUUAGGCGGCAUGUACUUCAACAACUGCUUCCGCUGCCUGCCGUCCGUUCAGGCCCAGGACCAGAGCAGCGCCGCCAGCCUGUGGGAGCUGAGCGAGCGUCUAGUUGCAGAGAGGUCUGCAGGCAUACAGGCUCUCUGAUGGACAGAGGAGGAGAAGGAGGGAGACUAGCCAAACAGGAAUCAAAGAGGAUGGGUCACGGUGAUGUCCAUUUAGGUUUGAACUGAAUAAAAGGUAACUGUACUCUGACUGUACAAUACAAGAGAGCUGCCAAACCACGGAAGUCCAUCUGGAUAUGUCACGUCACUACGGGGACUAAAACACACUACAUAUACAGUACGGGGGGGGUUUCAUAUACACUCUAUUAAAUAAAUGAAAGUUUGAGUUGUGUGCAGCUCUGCUGUGGUAGUUUACAGUGGGAGGUGGGGGACGGGAGAAGAUUUGGGACGAAUUCAGGAAUCUCUUAAAGUUUGUUCUUUCUCUGUUUGUCUCAGUAGCUUUUCAUAACUCUCUCAAUCUUUUCCUUUUCCUUUUCUAUUUAAAACAGCAAAGUUCAAAAAAGCAAAUGGUUACUUAAUAAGCAUACACUCAAUGGCAUAUGCAUCAGGUUCCAGCAAUAGUGUCACUAUAUGGCAAAUAUUGUGUCUUCCUGAUUAAUGUCAGUAUAUUCAGUAUCCUUUUGUCUAGUUCUACGUAGAUGUUGAUGUUUCCUAUUGAGAUACAGAGAGUGUUGGUUAAUCUUUGUGCUAAAUCUUUUUGGGCAUAGGAGAAAUAAGGAGUAAUGGGCAUGUGACACUCAUGGAUAUAUAAACACACUAGAGGUAUGAUUAUUAUGGCUAUAUACAUAAUUCUGCAAUAAUUGUAUUUCUUAUCAGUGUCCCUAUUAGUUUUCUGUACAAUAUUUACAAUAUCCUGAUUUCUGGGCAUGUGCUAAAGGGGUGUGGACAUCAUAUUUUUUUCUGUUUGCUAUUUGACUCAACCUACGUAUUAAUAAUCUAAACUCUAAAGUCUAAAUUACAAUUUGGAGGUAUUGAUGGAGGGAUGAUCCUUGUCCAUUUGAAUAGCAAAUACAGAUGGUGGAGAAUCUUAUUUCCAGAGUCCAGGAUCUUUAAUUUUUGUGUUUCUUCCCUUGUUGUUGAAGUAGAAGAAUGAGAGUGAUUUCAGUCUCCUGUUAUUAUUUUAUUAUUGUUCUUUUAAUAUUUAACUCUGGCUUUGGGCUUGCUCUGGAUUGGUUGCCCUGAAGCCACUGUUGGGACGCUUUUGAGACAUUGUGCUUUAUGGCAGUCUGGGUGCCGUAGGUUGCUCUUGAAACAUCAGCAUUCCUGUGUCAUGAUAUCUGUAAAAAACAAAAACAAAUGGGAGAGAACAUUUAAUAAAAAUCUGUUUUACAGAAA